UGUCAGUGCAAAAGGGGAAAAAUUUCUCAAUUCUGCCAGAGAUGACUGUCAACUGCCUCUAGUUUUGCCGGUGACGAGCGAAAUGAUUGGUGAGAGUGGAGAUGACAGUACAUUUAUUGAAGCUGGGAGAAUGGAGAAUUUGACUACUUUGAAGAGUGGACUUUCAGAGGCUGAGGCGAAACUCUUUCAAAUGCUUUUAGACGAGAGAAUGAAGCUUGCUCGAAGCGCGGGAACUGCCCCGUAUGCCAUAUGUGGUGAUCUAACAGUUAAAAAAAUUGCAUUAACUAGACCAUCUACCAAGGCAAGAUUAGCAAAUAUUGAUGGUGUCAACCAG